ACAAAAAUUCCACCUGAGAAGAUGUUGAAAUAAGAGCUGUGGCGACAUUGUAUUGGCUGGAUGAAAUACAAGCAGUUAAUUUUUGUAACGUGGGGAGAAAACCCAGCUUGCCAGAUUACAUGUGUAAAUCACUGCGUUACUGCUUUAGUCAUUGUCUCUAUUUAGCAAUGACAAGACUGGAAGAAGUAAAUAGAGAAGUGAACAUGCAUUCUUCAGUGCGGUACCUUGGCUAUUUAGCCAGAAUCAAUUUACUGGUUGCUAUAUGCUUAGGUCUUUAUGUAAGAUGGGAAAAAACAGCAAAUUCCUUAAUUUUGGUCAUUUUUAUCCUUGGUCUUUUUGUUCUUGGAAUUGCCAGCAUACUCUAUUAUUAUUUUUCAAUGGAAGCAGCAAGUUUAAGUCUCUCCAAUCUUUGGUUUGGAUUCUUGCUCGGCCUCCUGUGUUUUCUUGAUAAUUCAUCCUUCAGAAAUGAUGUCAAAGAAGAAUCCACCAAAUAUUUGCUUCUAACUUCCAUAGUAUUAAGGCUGUUAUGUUCUUUGGUGGAGAGAAUUUCUGGUUAUGUCCGUCAUCGACCCACUUUACUUACCACAGUGGAGUUUCUGGAGCUUGUUGGCUUUGCUAUUGCCAGUACAACGAUGCUGGUGGAAAAGUCUCUGAGUGUCAUUUUGCUUGUUGUAGCUUUGGCCAUGCUGAUUAUUGACCUGAGAAUGAAGUCUUUCCUAGCCAUUCCAAACUUAGUUAUUUUUGGGGUUUUGUUGUUUUUCUCCUCAUUGGAAACUCCCAAAAAUCCAGUUGCUUUUGCAUGUUUUUUUAUUUGUCUGAUAACGGACCCUUUCCUUGACAUCUAUUUUAGUGGACUUUCGGUAACUGAAAGGUGGAAACCCUUUUUGUACCGUGGAAGAAUUUGCAGAAGACUUUCAGUCGUUUUUACUGGAAUGAUUGAGCUCACGUUUUUUAUUCUGUCAGCAUUUAAACUUAGAGACACUCAUCUCUGGUAUUUUGUCAUACCAGGCUUUUCUAUUUUUGGAAUUUUCUGGAUGAUUUGCCAUAUUAUUUUUCUUUUAACUCUUUGGGGAUUCCAUACCAAAUUAAAUGACUGCCAUAAAGUGUAUUUUACCCACAGAGCAGAUAACAAUAGCCUUGACAGAAUCAUGGCGUCUAAAGGGAUGCGUCAUUUUUGCUUAAUUUCUGAGCAGCUAGUUUUCUUUAGUCUUCUUGCAACAGCAAUUUUGGGAGCAGUUUCCUGGCAGCCAACAAAUGGAAUCUUCUUGAGUAUGCUUCUCAUUGUUUUGCCAUUGGAAUCCAUGGCUCAUGGGCUCUUCCAUGAAUUGGGUAGCUGUUUAGGAGGAACAUCUGUGGGAUAUGCUAUUGUGAUUCCCACCAACUUCUGCAGUCCUGAUGGCCAGCCAACACUUCUUCCACCAGAACAUGUUCAGGAGUUAAAUCUCAGGUCUACUGGCAUGCUCAAUGCUAUCCAAAGAUUUUUUGCAUAUCAUAUGAUUGAGACCUAUGGAUGUGACUAUUCCACAAGUGGACUGUCUUUUGAUAAUCUACAUUCCAAGCUAAAAGCUUUCCUUGAACUUCGGACUGUGGAUGGACCUAGACACGAUACAUAUGUUUUGUAUUACAGUGGGCACACCCAUGGCACAGGAGAGUGGGCUCUAGCAGGUGGAGACAUAUUCCGUCUUGACACACUUUUAGAAUGGUGGAGAGAAAAAAAUGGCUCCUUCUGUUCCCGGCUCAUUAUUGUGUUAGAUAGCGAGAAUUCAACCCCAUGGGUCAAAGAAGUAAGAAAGAUUAAUGACCAGUACAUUGCAGUGCAAGGAGCUGAGAUGGCAAAGACAGUGGAUAUUGAAGAAGCUGACCCACCACAGCUAGGUGACUUUACAAAAGACUGGGUAGAAUAUAACUGUAACUCCAGUCAUAACAUCUGCUGGACUGAAAAAGGUCGCACCGUGAAAGCAGUCUAUGGUGUAUCUAAGCGGUGGAGUGACUACACUCUGCAUUUGCCAACAGGAAGUGAUGUGGCCAAGCACUGGAUGUUACACUUUCCUCGAAUUACAUAUCCACUAGUGCAUUUGGCAAAUUGGUUGUGUGGCCUGAACCUCUUUUGGAUCUGCAAGGCUUGUUUUAGGUGCUUGAAACGAUUAAAAUUGAGUUGGUUUCUUCCUACUGUGCUGGACACAGGACAAGGCUUUAAGCUCGUCAAAUCUUGAUUUGGAGGCCUGAGUGGAAUAUUACUGACAGCCCCCGCUAUCACUUAUCACUUACUUGCCA